CAGUCCUCUAUUUAGGCGACUUGUAUCCUUUCGGAAGAUGAUUUUGGGAGCACAGAAAUGGCGACCUCAAUACUUCGAGUAGGACGACUGACGUCUCUCAAGUGUCUACAGCUCGAGAGCUGGGGCAUUUUGGGGACCCCAUCAUUCUGCACCCAGGUGGAGGAGCCGAUGAAACCAGCUAAAAAAGCGAAAACUAAGAUUAUUGAGGCUCCAGACGGGAGGGCUUCACUACUAGCCUACAAGACUGUUGUUGGCUUCCCAGUGAAGCUUUUUGCAUCUGGAAUUCUCCAAACCCCGGCCUUAAGUGAGAUUGAAUCGCUGACAAGCCCAGUUACUGUUGAACCUUUAGUAGAUACAACAGGAGCAGCACCUGCCAUUGCCAAAGCUACAUCUGCUGUGGUUGAAGAGCAAGCAACCACAGAGGAAUCACUUGAGUGUGCUGCUAGUCCUGUGGUAGAUGUUGCCCCUCCAGUUGCCGCAGUGGAAGACACCGUACCCUUGUCAGAAAGUGUUACAGUUGCCACCACAACCCUAGUGGCUGAGGACUCCAGAACAUCAGCAUUUGCUCUAGAAACAGCCACAGAAGCAACUACUCCAGUCGUUGAGACUGUAGCCAGGAAAGAGUCCUCUGCCUCUGCUGCUCCCGUCAUGGAUUCAGCUCCUGUCGUUGAGGCUUUUCCAUAUGCUGAGCCUCUAGAGGUAACUGCAAGAGAAUUAGUUGCCAUUGAAGUAAUGGGAUCAGAGCUUCCUGCCACCCAAGUAGCUAUGGUUUUUGAAGCUGCCACAGUCUCCGAUUUUUCUACUCAUGCAGCUCCUGUAGUGGCUAAACCUGCAGUUGCUCCAAGUGCUGAAGCUCUCCAUGAAGACAUUCCAGUUGUAGCCUUUUCUACAGCUGAUCCAGUUGUUGCUGCUGCUGCCUCCUCUGAGCCUGGAGCCCCACCUGUUGAUGUAUCCUCUUCCUCAUCUAGUGACUCUGACUCUGACGAUGAAAAGUCUGACGAUGAGAAGUCUGAAGUGAAAACAAAUGGUCAAUCAAAGGAAGCUGACUUGGCUACACAGAAAGUUAAGGACCAUGACGGUGAGACAGGGCCUGUAUCAGCAAUGCCGGCUGAAGCUAUUUUGUCAGCUGUGCCUGUGGUCACACCACCUGUGACUACAGAGGCAGGCUACAGAGUUGUGGAAGCACAUGCUGCACCAGAAGUAACUGCAGUUAAAGAAGUUCCCACUAUCACUCCAGAAACUUUAGCCAAGCUUACCUUGGAAGUCGCUGGAGAUGGUGCCCUAACUGGAGGCUCUGAAGAGUUGAUGGAGGCUGUACUAGAGAUUGCUGCUGACCCUAAAGAGUUGAUGGCAGAAGCGGCUCUAGGAGUUGAGGUGACCACUAUAGAAAGCAUAGCUGAAGCUGUGCAUACGGUCCAAGCAGCAGCAGAAGAUGCAUCUGAAUCAGUCCCUGCAGAAGCUGUAGGUAAAGUUAAAUGGGUGGCUGAGGCUCCAGUGGAGGUUAUCUCAGUUGAAGCUCUUGCAAAAGCCGCUGCAGAAGCCAUACCAGCUGAACCUGCAGCUAAAGCAAUCCCUGUUGAGUCUGCUGAUGAAGUUACAGAUGAAUCUGCCCUUGCUGCUGAGGCUGCCCUUGCUGCUGAGGCUGCCCCUGCUGCUGAGGCUGCUGCUGAAAAUCUAUCUGAAGCUCCACCAGUGGAGAGCACAGAGGAGCUAGUAGACCCUGCCCCAGUUGUGGUUGAAGCUGCAGGAGAGGAGCUGCAGACAGAGGCCCAGGCGGAACCUGAACCAGUUGAGGCGUCUGAGGAAGCAGCAACAGCACCUCCACAGGCUGAGCCAGAGUCAUUUGACAUCAGCACCUAUAAGAAUUACCAACACCACAGUUACAACCCCUACACAUUUGCAGACCUGGAUUUGGAGAUGUUCAAGUACCGUCUACCACAGCCCUCCUCCGGCAGACCUUCUCCUAGACAUUAAGAUGCACUUACCAGUCAGGACCAUCUGUCUUUUUGAAGGAUGUUCCCUCUAUUCUGCUGUGCUUGAGAAAUGCUUAUGAUUGUGUAGUUAGUGUCUUUCACUAUCACAAACUAUUAAAAUACAGCUAGCUAUUUUUCUGCUUAA